CGGUCUCCGGGUGAGGAUCCCACCUGGUGGAGGUGACGUAAGGGAGGAGGCGAGCGUGGGGUGCAGGACCCGGGCGGGUGCAGCACCCGGAGAAAGCGCACAAAGGCGCCCCUGGGGCAGUCCCGAGCCCGGAUGCGAAGGGGGAGGGCGAGAACCUCUUGAACUGUGCUGGGCGCCCUCACUUGAACAGCAAAGACUAGAAAGUGACGUCAAUGGGAAGUGGAAGUCCUCGCUCCCCCUACCUUUUUUCUUGGGAGAGGAGGGUCCCACUUCAGCUGAGAGGAAUGGCCGCUUCAGGAGCAAAAACAGAGGAAUCGGAAAAUCACCACAGUGAUGACGUCAUUCAACUUUUAAAUCCAAAUGUUGCAACAAUGAAAGAAGAUGUUCUAUACCAUUUUAGUCUCAGCACGAGUACGCAUGAUUUCCCAGCUAUGUUUGGAGAUGUGAAGUUUGUGUGUGUUGGUGGAAGCCCUUCACGGAUGAAAUCCUUCAUCAGCUAUGUGGCAGAGGAGCUGGGGCUUGGACACCCAGGCAUGGACUAUCCCAACAUCUGUGCAGGAACCGAUCGCUAUGCCAUGUAUAAAGUGGGACCGGUGCUGUCCGUGAGCCACGGCAUGGGUAUUCCAUCCAUCGCGAUCAUGCUGCAUGAGCUCUUCAAGCUGCUGUACCACGCCAGGUGCUCCAAUGUCACCAUCUUCCGCAUUGGCACUUCUGGCGGGAUAGGUCUGGAACCUGGCUCCGUGGUAAUAACCCAACAAGCAGUGGACGCCUGCUUCAAGCCAGAAUUUGAACAGAUUAUUCUGGGGAAGCGGGUCAUUCGAAACACAGACCUCGACAACCAGCUGGCGCGGGAGUUGAUGAAGUGUGCUAAAGAGCUCAACGAAUUCAACACAGUUGUGGGAAACACAAUGUGUACCUUGGACUUCUAUGAAGGGCAAGGCCGUCUGGAUGGUGCUCUCUGUACCUACACAGAGAAGGACAAGCAGGAGUAUUUGAGGGCAGCCUAUGCUGCUGGCAUCCGGAACAUUGAGAUGGAAUCCUCUGUCUUUGCCGCCAUGUGCAGUGCUUGUGGCAUCCGAGCGGCCGUGGUGUGUGUCACUCUGCUCAACCGCCUGGACGGAGACCAGAUCCUCAGCCCCCAUGACGUGCUCAAGGAGUAUCAACGGAGGCCUCAGCGCCUGGUGGGCUACUUCAUGAAGCAGUGCCUCAGCAAAGCCUGAAGUCUCUGCUGCUCUGAAGACGUGCUGUUGUAAUUACUUGCCAAUAAAAUAAUUGUCCAGA